GGUAAAUCUGCCACCGAAACAAGACGUGGUGCGUGCCGUCAUGCUAUAUACAAUGUCGCGUACGCGUACGGUCGACGUGACGAUUUCUUAAAAUAGCGCGGGGUGACAGCUCGCGGGCCGGGAGACUCGGCAUGGAGAGUCGCGGCGGGUGGAGUUUCGCGUUGACGGUCGAAACGUAGCCGGCGCGGAGGUGGAGGACGAGAGAGAAAGACGGGAAAGGAGAUUUAAAAAAAGAAAAGAAAGGGGGGAGAACGCGGUUUCGAGCGAUGAGACGUUGGUCAUAAGAAAGGGGUGGAUUGCGACGAGCGUGAAAUUGUGUGGCGGAAGCAGUUAUGCGGUGAACGGAGAACAUUUGUACGACCGGACCGCUGGCUGCGCGAUCUCGAGCGAUCUCGAGCGGAGCGACGGGACGAAGACGAGGGUACGGAAGUUACUUUCGAGCCGGGCGAAUCGCGCGCGAUCGAUCGGUCGCGACGAAUUCGAUCUGGCGGCGCGCAGUGUCGAUCGCUGGUGCUUCAUCGUUGCCGCCCUGACAGAUUGGAGAACCAAGUGAAAGAUAAAAAGAGACGGAAGUGUUAUCAAGACGGAAGUGUCAUCAAGACGGAAGUGUUGUCGAGGCGGAAAUGUUAUCGUAUCUCGCCGUGCAUCGUGUGACUCCGCGAUAAUCUUGAAUUUUCGGGACGUUGCCGAGGCGGAUCGCGCACGUACGCGCGACGGAAGUCGGGACCGCCCUACGACGGGGAUUCCCCGAUUGGCAACCCCGAAAAACCGCCGAGGUCGCCGCGCGGUCCUUUCAACCGGAAGAUUUAAACCGACGAGUGGAAGGAGCGCGAAGAUCCCAGCGAGGACCCCGCGGAAGCGGAGCGGACGAGGAGGAUAUAGGUGGAAAGUUUGAACGGAGCACGCGGCACGUCGCCCGUCGAAAGUUUCGCCAUAAUCAUUUCCGUGCGCGUUAUCGCUUACGUGGCGACCGCAGGAAGUAGACGACAAACCGAAGUGCGGGAAAUCGCGCGUCGCUUUCUUACGGGGAACCUGGACCGCCGUGCCCGUCGCGAUAAUUGAUCCCUUCAGGUGGAUCGAAAUCCUCGGAUUAAUCGCGGCCGAAUCGCCGCUCGCCUCGCUCCAGCCGCGGACCCGGGCCACGCCGAGAUCGUGCGUCAAUAAUCGGCGUGAUAAGACCUGGUGUCGCCUGGUGGGAUAUGUCAGUGAGUGGAUGGUGGUGGUUAACGAUCUCGCUGAGGAGGAUGUGAAUCGUUUCAGUAUCAAAGUGUAAGCGUCUCCCGAAACAGUCGCGGAAAUGGCUCUGAGAUGGCAAGCGAGGCUCUCAAUUGCUGCCAUACUCUUCAUGUGCACGGAAGAUACGUUGAGUCUAGGAGAUCGGGCGAUAGAUAACAUGGACAGACACGCGAUCCAGACCAGACCUCGGCAACAAAUGCUGGAUCAUUCUUCCGGUCCGAAGUCGAAACCGGAACCCACCUUCGACCACACGCAGAACACCAACGUGACGGCCCUGAUUGGAAAAACUGCAUACCUCACGUGCCGAGUUCGCAAUCUAGGCGACAAGACUGUGUCCUGGGUCAGGCACAGAGACAUCCACAUCCUGACUGCGGGAGCGUACACGUACACGAGUGACCAGCGAUUUCAAGCACUGCACAGACAAAACACGGGCCACAGCAACGAAUGGUCCGAGUGGACCCUCUGCAUAAAGUGGGCGCAGGAGCGAGACCAGGGAAUCUACGAAUGUCAGAUUUCCACCAUACCUGUCAGGUCGCAUCAGUUUCGCUUAAACGUCGUCGUACCUACGGCGACGAUACUGGGCGGCCCCGAGUUGUACGUCGGUGCUGGCAGCACGAUAAACCUGACGUGUGCCAUACGCUUCAGUUCGGAGCCACCAGCCUACAUCUUCUGGUACUACAAUGAGAACGUUCUGAGCUACGACAGUCCCAGGGGUGGCGUCUCAGUGAUAACCGAGAAGGGUGGCGACGUUACCACCUCCUGGCUUCUCAUUCAGACGGCGCAGCCCUCGGACUCCGGGGAGUACAGCUGCAAGCCCAGCAACGCCAAUACGGCGUCCAUCAGGGUUCAUGUCCUAAAUGGCGAGCGACCGGAAGCGAUGCAGACCGGGACCGCGGGGCCGAUACUGUCCUCGAGUUGUCUAUUGGUGUCCCUCAUCAUUUUGUACAUAUCCUCGGUGUAAACGAAAAUGAAGACAGCGUCUGCAGCCGAAGAUCACGGUACUCCGUCGCGAAGCGGGAAAAGUUUGUUACAAAGGUGAUGUCGUAACACCUUUAAAACGAUCUGUUUGAGAGGUUUCCUUUGUUCCAAUCUUCACCUUUGAGGACAUCUUGACGCAGUCGUGGAAACGACCGGAUUCUCCGAGAAAUCCCUUUGCUUCUUCAGAUCCGCGUCUUCUUUAUCCCGACAGCUGGGAAUCUUUUAUCAAGAAUGCUCCUUUUUCGCCAACGAUAAGUAACUAAGGGGCUUGAAGGAACUCCGUCAAGCGGUUACCUCUGACACCAUUUCGCCAGGCAACCGUAUUCCAAAAACACAGGAUAGCGAAUUAAGGCCGGGGCAAGGUAAACGCGGACAUCAAAAUCCAGGUAAAGCUCCCACGCAUUAUUCACAUGUUCGUUGGCGCCACAACGUUUUUUUUCCCCCCUUUAGCCCCUUUGCGCGCGUACGCUACGUAACAAUCGAAUGCGUGGAAAACCGGUUCUUUGUACAAUUGGAAGCAUUAACAUCGUUCAGAAUGCCCGCAUUUACCAAAGGACUUCACAGCGUGCGAUCCAUCGAUUCUCUUCGUUCUUCCGCGAGAUAAAACAACCGUUUCACCAUUAAUUGAACGAGUGAGGGGACAAAAAAAGCAAUAGAAGGUAAAAAGAUCUCCUAAAAAAGGAUCCUCUAUAGAGAAAUUUGACUGCUAAACGCGCACGCUUCAAUAUUUCGCAAUAGACUCGUUGAACAGUUUGAUUAAGCAAGAAUAUUGUUCUAGAGAAACGUGUGCCUCAUAAUAAAUGCACAGAAAAUUUAGCUUAAUAAUUUUUGAGACGUUAAUUAAUAUCUAUUAUUAAAGACACUGAAUACGGUAUAAUUACAAAGCUUUGUUUAAACAAGAUUGAUAAUUCUUCGAUAUAUUAUUUCUCCGCUAAUUUAUUGGUAUACAAAGGAGCAAACGGAGUAGCGAAGUAUAAAGUUUCUCGGAAAUAUUGGUGUGCAAUUAAAUCGUAAAAAUUCCCACGGUAUUAAAAGGUACAAAUGCAUUUGUACCUUUCCACGAUACCAUGGUAUCGUGGAAAUGAUAUAAUAAAUCUUCGAUUAAAAUACAUACAUCCUCUUUUGACGCGAGAAGAACUGUAGAUUUGAUACGAAACACUCGUCAGCCGCUAAUCGAGAUCGUUUCGGGGGAAGUGUUCACAAACAGCAUAUUGAAUGCGAAGUACGUUUCGCAAUAUAGUUAAUUUUUGCCUUAAAAGGCAACUUAUUACCUGCAUUAAAUUGACUUUUGUUCAAGAGGCUUGUCGUUAGUAAUUUUUUCAAAUAGCGGAAUAAGUGGCAAAAAUAAAUUGACGUUCUCGAUAAGAAGAAAAAACGCGGCAUGAAGAACAAAUAAAUGUGCUGCAAUCGAGCUUGCAAUACUUUGCAGCAAAAAGUACACGUGAAUUUUUCUCUUUUCAGCCCUUAGUGUUUGUCGGGAAAUUUUACCCGACUAAUUUAGUUUCUUCCUUCAAGUGAUUACGUUACGGACAAAGCGCACUUUACGCACGACUGACACAAUCGUUGCUAUUUCCCAACCGUUUUCACCAGUGAGAUCGGUAUUGGACUGUAAGAUUAUGGAAAUAGAAUAUUUAACUAGCACAGUCCGCCAACUUUUAAUAACCGCGCACUGGCGUUGCUCCAAAUUAAGGGUAACUGGCCACUGGUGACACAUCUUCCUAAAAAGUUUCCGUCGCACUGAAAAUUUCAGCGCUUGUUGCACUCCUCUUUGUCAAAAAAGAGAGAAAAGAAUGCGAGCAUCGAAUACUGCAGCCGUAUAUUAAAAUGUUAUGGACACUGCCAUAAAAAGUGACUAUGUACCAAAGACGAUUACGGAAAAUUCGAUAAAAGUAUAUCAAAUUAAUUUAUUGUUUCUUAUUUAACAAACACAAACAACGUUUAUUUAUACAACGGAGUUUAUAAAAAUAGCGUUUUUUUCUUCGUGGAUUAAAUUGUGAGAUAUUAAAUUGUAUAGAUUGUAUUGUUACGUCGACAAUCGAUAUUGAUAGCUUAUAGAAUAUUAAAAGCACAAAAUGAUAUUUCACAAUAUUACUGAUCCUCUUGUUAUACAAUCUUAUUUCUCCUGCCGUUCUAUGUAUCUUCUCAGUAUUCAUUACUUCAGUUUACCUGUCCGCCUCUCGUUGCUUUACAUUUCGCAAACAGCCUCAAUUUCUCUCCCAAUUU